UAUUAGUCUGUGACGAUGAAAAUGUUGUAGCAAUUAGCUUAAUUUUUGAUUUGUUUACUUUUUAUUACUUUAAAAAGCCUAUGUUGUAAAUAAUGAUUCGCUUUCAUAGCUUUCAUGGUCCGAAUAUUGUUUUAUCUGAAGACAAUACUGUAGCUUAUCGAAAAUCCAGCUACGCGCACAGUCUAGUGUUUAGUGAAAAUCCUAUAUUGCCCGGUGAAGUAUUUUUAAUUGAGAUUGAUAAGUGGGAACGCGGUUGGAGUGGUCAUAUGCGCCUAGGAUUGACUUCACUCGAUCCCGAUGUAACUGAACACUGUGAUGAAGAACUACCACAGUAUUCUUUGCCCGACCUCGUCACAGAUGAGACGUCCUGGAUUAUACCUAUAUCUAUAUUAAAACACAGCAUUGAAAACGUCGAAGAAACUGCAGAAUCAGUACUCGGAGAGGGGCCUAAUGUGCUAACCCCGCGUGGACUAUUCUCCAAAACAAACCUGAAGUCAGAAGAAUAUGCUCUUGCACCAAAAAUGCAGCCGAUGGAAGUCGGAAGUCGUAUUGGCGUAAUGUAUGUUCCACGUUCAAAAACAAGUAAAGUAGACGCAAAUUUGGAAGAAGUUGAAAUGUAUUUUAUCGUUAACGGCAUCUCCGUGGGCCCACAUACUGUUAUACCGUUUACAGGGCCCUUGCAUGCAGUAGUCGACGUAUAUGGAACCACAAAACGAGUGAAGAUAAUACAACUUUAUACAGUUCCAUCUCUUCAAAUGUUGUGUAGAGACGCCAUUUUGCCAUACAUCGACAGGAUUUCAGUAAAGUCUCUACCUCUGCCUCGACCUAUAAAAGACUAUCUAGCCAAGUUCUGCUAACGUCUGUCAUUUCAAGUGUCAAUGGUUGCAUUUGCUGACGUUAAAUCUAGUACUGCUGGUCAGAUAUUCAGAGUUCACUUUCCGAUUUUUCGACGUAUUUUAUUCGAUACUAGCGGACGCCCGCGACUUCGUCCGCGUGAAAGUCGUUGUAAACUUUCAACUACCCCUAUCCUACCCUACCCUAUCCCAACCCUACCCCUACCCUACCACUACCCUACCCCUACCCUACAAUACUCCUACCCUACCCCUACCCUACCCUACCCUACCCCUACCCUACUCAUUAAGGCUGCACUUCUUUAUUUAUUCCCCCUCCCCCGCGAGCCGCAUCGAGCGCGGCAACCGUUACACAAAAAUAAUCCAUAUAGCAUGACUUAGUAUUCACGCGCGAUGGCUUAGCGUAUUUCUUGUAUAACUUUAGUGUUUCUUUACCGAUUUUUAUGAUUCUUUUUUUAUUAAAUAGGUAAUAAUGUUAACUUUUUUAGUUAGGGAUGAGUGAUGAGUGUUAUAAACAUAAGAGUAGACAAAUAUAAUUAGAAAGCUCCGAACUGCUAAGCUAUCGGGAGUUACACGUGUUAUUGUGAGUCAACCAUAAAAGACAGACAUAUAUGUGCUGUUGUGUUUUUAUAGAUAAUUUUAAGGAGAACAUUUCCGUCAUACAUGAUUUCCAUGUAGCUUUAACCAUUAAGGCUGUACACGCGACGGAAGCUUAAAAAAUUGAGUAACUUCUCCCGUUUUCUCAACAUUUCUCUUCACUGCUCUGCUCCUAUUGAUCGUAGCGUAAUGAAAAGUAUACUAUAACCUGCUCAGGAGUAUGUAAAAUAAUUGUACCAAGUUUCGUUAAAAUCCGUCCAGUAGUUUUUGUUUCUAUAAAGAACAUACAGACAGACAGACAGACAAAAAUUUUACUGAUUGCAUUUUUGGCAUCAGUAUCGAUCACUAUCACCCCCUGAUAGUUAUUUUGGAACUAUAUUUCAUGUACAGAAUUGACCUCUCUACAGAUUUAUUAUAAGUAUAGAUAAGACAUUGAACCAUUCUGGCCUAAGUAGGUAGGUAGGUACCUAGUAAGUAAGGUAGGUGUAGGUAGUUACCUAGGUAUUUAGAAGAUUCUCGAUUUUCUAUAGCCUUACUCGUUGUGCUCUGUUUACCAACAAAUAAUUAAAAAGGAGGGUAAUUAAUCUCUAGUAAUUUCACACCUAAUAGUAAUUAUAAUUAACUUGUUCUCAAAUUAAUUAGCUUAGAACAAUUAGAUAUAAGUAAUGUAUUUUAAUAACAUUUUAUAAACAAACAAUACAUAAUUUAAAAUAAUUAAGUUAUGAAAUGACAUUAUUUUUUAUACCUUCAUUACUAAUUUGAUUGUUCGUAAACAGUACGCAUCGAGUAGAGUUGUAGUAUAGGAACGAACAACGACCUUAUUGUCGUUUUUAUUUUUAAUAUUAAUAAUAAUUUUUAUCUUUUUC